CAAGACAGCAGAAUGAAGACCAAGUGCUGUGGUCGAUUUGUGCUUUGCUCCAAGACAACCAUCUAUACCUUUCUGCUUGGAGGAGUCUUUAUUGUGUUGGGCUCAAGUCGAAUCCUCCUGAUGAAGUAUUCUGCGAAUGAAGAUAACAAAUAUGAUUACCUUCCUACGACAGUAAACAUAUGUUCUGAAGUUGUAAAACUGGUCCUGUGUGUGAUUUUGGCACUCUGGGCUAAGAAAAAAGAUCAUGCCUCUGAAUGCCUUUCCUGGAAGAAUUUUUGUAAUUCCAUGAAAUGGUCAAUUCCUGCCUUUCUUUACUUUUUGGAUAACUUGAUUGUCUUCUAUGUGCUGUCCUACCUGCAGCCAGCAAUGGCUGUGCUCUUCUCAAAUUUUGUCAUUAUAACAACAGCUCUUCUCUUCAGGAUAGUCCUAAAGCGAAAACUCUCUUGGGUACAAUGGGCAUCUCUGGUCAUUUUAUUCCUGUCCAUCGUUGCGCUGACUCUAGGAACUGGAGGCCAUCAGCAAAGCUUGGCUGUACAUGGAUUCCAUCACAGUAUGUUUUUCAGUCCAUCUAACCACUGCCUUCUCUAUACCAGACCUGAGGAAGCAUGCCUGGAAAAAGGCAACUGCGUAUCACCAAGUUUCCUUCCCAGCUUCCAGUGGAAUGUCACCAGUACUAUGGCAGGAGCAUUGAAGCCUCUCUGCCUCAGUCUGGGCCAUCUGCUUAUUCUAGUGCAGUGUUUCAUUUCUGCCCUGGCUAACAUCUACAACGAAAAGAUCUUGAAAGAUGGGGAUCAGCUUGCUGAAAGCAUCUUCACGCAGAACAGCAAACUCUAUGCCUUUGGGGUGCUGUUCAAUGGGCUUAUGCUGGGGCUGCGGACUAAGGACCGAAGGCAGAUAGAGAAUUGUGGUUUCUUUUAUGGGCACAACAUCUUCUCAGUGGCUCUCAUAUUUGUCACAGCAUUCCUGGGGCUGUCUGUAGCCUUCAUCUUGAAGUUCCGAGACAAUAUGUUCCAUGUUAUGACUGCUCAGAUCACCACUGUCAUCAUCACCACCGUCUCUUUCAUCAUUUUUGACUUCAGGCCUUCUCUAGAGUUCUUUUUGGAAGCUCCUGUAGUGCUUCUCUCCAUAUUCAUUUACAAUUCCAGCAAACCAAGAGGCCUAGAAUACAUCACUCUGCGGGAAAGGGGCAAACUUGUCAAAGGAGAUGCAUGGGAGAGGUCAAGCGGGGAUGGAGAAGAGUUUGAGAGGCUGAACAAACCAAGCAGUGACAUGGAUACAGAUGAAGACUCCCUCUAGCUCAGAGGGAUGCUAUAUUGCUCAUAGUGAGAGAAUGUUAAUAUUUUAUUAAUAUAGCAAAGGGUCAGUUUUCCCCACUUGCAGACCAGUUGAGACUGUUUUAGGUCUGGAUGUCACAGGUGAAUGAGGAAACACUGAUACCCUAUAUAUAGUGAGUUGCAUUCCAUCCUCCUAUCCAUCAGGAGUUCAGAAUCCUAUUGAAAGAAACAAUAUUUGCAACUGAUGCAAACAAAAAGAGGCUUGGAUCCUAGGUUGAGUGGUCUUGGUGACAGGUGCUGCACUGUGGAGGGCAGUCCUGGACUCUAAUCAUGUCUUUACUGCUGUGGUUGAUUGUCUCGAGUCACUGUAACUUCCUGUAUGAAUUCAUUGGUUAGCAAAGCAAAGAUGAAACUGUUCACCUCCAGAAGUGAUGUGAGCAUUGAU